GAUUUUAACAAGACCUAAUACUUAAAAAUGGACUUUACGUCUGCACCUUUCCAGGCACUUCUUGUUCAAAAUGCAGCCGAUGAACAGUUACUUGGAUUCUUAAACCAGUUGGAUGAACAGUAUACGCAUGCAGUUGACGAAAAAGUCCGAUUUGGCAACUUACAGAUCUUGUUGCCAAUCCUCAAAGCUCAUCUUGCUCGACUUGACGAUCACGAAAAGGAAGAAGCUUGUCUUGAACAAUUUGUAAAGCCUUGGAUGAUUACCAGUUUCUCUCAGGAAUCCAUGGUCGCUACCGAAAGUGUCACACUUUUAGAAAACACUGUAUCCUAUCUUGUAGGACGAUCUCUUUUAUUACAUGCCAAUAAGAAAGACAACACAUUUGGCAAAGAAACUUUGUUGUUAUUUAUCACUCAAUUGAUUUCAGCCAUGGAGGCCGAACCUGACUUUGUCGAUCUUAAGCCAUUGGAUUUUAUUGAAUCGAGCAUAGAGCAGCUGAAUUGUCGUUCACAAUGGGAUCAAGUGCAGACAGCCAUUACUGUCCAAGACACCGCCAGCCACAUUUUACUUGAUCUCGAGUGCUGCCUUGAAGUACUUACCCGUUUCGUACGUGACUUGAACGAAAAUCAAGAACUUUUGUCUUUGAACGUUACAGAAACUGCUCAGACUGAAAUUCGUCAAUGGAUGGAAUUAAUCUUUACUAUCGCUGUAGCUAUGAUUCCUUGCACUAACGCCACUAUCAGAAGCAAGUUGAGUCAUGGAUUAUUACCCAACUUACUUCGUUGGCAGCAAAGCCCUACUCAGAAUAUUGAAUUAAAAGAUCAAGUUUAUUGGUGUGAGAUGGUUUGGAAACGCACACUACAAAUGUUUGCACUUCCCGCAACCAACCUUUUAAGAUUGGAAAUUUAUGGAUUGAUCGCUCGUUUCUUUGACUUUUAUUUUGGGUUGAAUGAUGGCGCACCUGUCAUCCGUAAAGAUCUUCGAUUUGAUGCCAACUUUUUCAAAAUUCUGCAGAGUGGUCUUCAAAGUAAUGAUUCAUUGGCUCGUAAAUACUCGUCAUAUAUUCUCAAGCGCAUCAUCGAUUUCACCGAGAAAACCCCUUCGACCAUUGCUGAUAAAUCAGAUAGCGAUUGGACACCUUAUUUCAAAUGGAACGCUGAAUUAUCAAACGAAUAUAUCGAACAUUGGGACGAUUGGUUUUUAUUAUAUGAUAUCAUGCAUGAAAAUGUAAUUCAUCUGGUUGAGCCUGUCUUACCUCGAUUCGAAACUUUAUUGAACGCUAAUGCACUUGAUGCCUCCUGGUGGGUUUUAUUAAUGUAUCGUGGAUUUCAAAACGAUACUUCGUCUGUUAAAAAGGGUCUUUUGGAAUUUAUCUUUUCACGAGAAGAUCCUUCUAUUUUAAACAAAAUGGGAAUUGAACAAGGGUUCAUGUUUGGUGCUUUAUUUAAGACUGUGGAUUCAACUGCUUUAUUUGCUGUGCCCACUCAAGGUACCCUAGUCAGUCCCUUUGGUGAGCAUUUCAGAGAAUUCAUGCGUCGUUUGGUUCAAGCGUUUGAAAAAGAGCAAGAUAAGAUCAAUUUCCUUCGCCAGUUAAUUCAUCAUCUCUCUCAUGUCGUUAGUAGCCAUGCACCUAUUCUGUAUACAAUGGAAGCUUUAGCUGAAGUGGAUUAUGUCGAUGCAUGGGGUCCCGAGGAACUCAAGUCUUUGAGAGUCUUGGUCGAUCGUCAUAGAAACUUUAACAUUCCUGCAACCAAGCAGUUUUUGCGUAAAUUAGGUAUUGCGGCUGUUGUAAAACUUAGUAAUACCGCUACUCUUUCAUUUUCUGAUAUCGCAAAGACAAUCUCAUCUCUUGUGAGCGAGUAUCCCAUCAAGACUAAUUCCAAAGAAUUUAAGUUGAUCCGUUACUGGUUAGAAACCAGAAUUUCCAAGGAUAAGUCUCUCGAUAGCAUUUUAGGUGCCUUGAAGGAUCGUAUCAAAACUUAUGUUUGCGAUUUGAAGUCUGAAGAUAUUCCUGAGGCUGUUUUACGUACACAAGCCAACGUACUUGCUCGCACAUCUAUAUUUGUUGUAUCCAGCAUGGAAGGUGAAUUGAACACCGACGAUGUAUUAGAUCUUCUCUCCGUUUUUAUUGCUCGCCUCAAAGAUUCGUCCUGUGAUGAAGUUACUUUUGCUAGAAUUUUGACUCUAUUCAAUGCAUUAUGGGAAAACUUUGGCAUUUGUUUUGAAACAAAGUGUAGCUUUACCAAGGUGAUUGGAUUAACUGAUGAGAAUAUGUUGAACAUCCUGACUAGAAUCGGUCAAAAAUACCUUAACAAAGUAGAAGAAAACGUCGUCGAUGAUGAUUUAGCUGAAUUAUACUUAUCUUUGACUCGACGUAUUUUAUCAAGUGAAAAUGCGCUUGCACCAGAGACAAGAAAGACGACUGUUAAAUCCCUUUUCGAUCAUUGUGUAGAAUUAUUGAAAUAUCGCUCGCCUUCUGUUGAUGCUAACAAAGAAAUGUCCAAACCAAAUUAUAUUCGUUUGUUGAAUAUUGUCUAUGCAUCUGCUAUUGAGCACUCCUAUUUUACAUUGGGUUGUGAUUCCCCUAUUGUUAAAUUGGUGUAUGGUCUUCCAAUGAAGCGUACUCAAGAAGCAUUACGUGAAAGAUCUUGGGGUGAUUGUUUGUCAUCGUUUAUUCGUGUGAAGUGGGAAUGUAUUGAAAACAUUGUUCGUUACGCAUCUAUCGUAAAGAAGAACAACAUCGAGAAAGAGUUCUUUGAUCCUAUUGAACUUUUCGAAGAGGCGGUUGAACAGCUUGAAAAUGGAUCUGAAAUGUGUGGCGAAGCUCUGAUCAGAAGUUUCGGACCUAUUCUUGCUUUCCCUUGGGAUAAAACUCCAGAGAUGAUUGAGCGUUGUGUGGAUUAUGCAAUUGCGUUGAUGAUGGAAAAUAUUGCUCAGUCGAGAACUUUCCCCCUUCUUAUUAAGGCUUUUGUUGAUGUGAUUUUCCAACCCGAGCUUUUGUGUAUUCCUGAACUUAAUGAAGAUAAUGGACCCAUGAAAAAGGCUUUACACAUGGUACUUCAAACAGGCGAUCUCAAACCUUUUGUUGUUGCCCAGACAUCCAAACUUCUUCACAACUUCUGGUCUACCUUUAGUGAGGAUGCCAAUAAAUCCAUGGUCCAAUAUGCACCCGAGAUUGCCAAACUAUUGGUAUUUGGACCUCUUCGUGAUCGUGGUGAUCAAAAAUUAGAAGCAGCGAUCGCAGCUAAACUCGCUACUCCUACUGAAAUUUUAGAAGCAGAAGGAACUGCCGAGACUGUCUUUAGCCAAAAUGAUUAUCUUGUACGUGUCGAUAUGAAUGAUCUCUUAUUAAGACUUGACGUCAACAACAAGGAUCAUAAGCUUUUUGCAAAUAUCUUGCUGGAAAAUUUCUUCCGUAUCAUCAACGAAGACAUAUUGUUUGAAUUUAUGUACACAUCUACAAUGGAGCAUCGAUUAAAGUUACGAAUUUGUUGUUCGACCAUUCUUAUCAUCGAUCUUGCAGACGAAAGUAAAUUAGACGACUAUAUGAAGGUUAUAUUUGAGGUGAUGAGAAAGGAAACUGUGACAUCUGUACGUUGUUAUUUAGAAUGGGCCAUGGUAAGGAUUUUGUGUCGUUUCCCUCAACGUUUACCAGCCCUCUACGAAAAGCUUGGUGAUGCUAAUCAUAAGCCCAACUUUGUCAUUUCCUUAUUGACCCUCACAUUCACUCUUUGUGACAAUUUACCUCAAGAUCAUAUCGAGGGCUAUUUUAAAGAGAUUUUUGUUUGCCUGAUUCCUUGGUUGAUUACCAACCAUUUCACCAUUCGUUUAUUCUCUUAUUGUGCCUGGCAACGUAACUGGAAGAGCUGCAUCCAGCAUGGUUAUGGAAAGCAAUUAGAGGAGAACAGAUAUCUUCAAUCCAUCGGUCGUUUUAUGGAAACAUAUGUGGACUGUAUCAAGUUUUACGAUAAGAUCCAAACUCAAUUCUAUAUGACAAAAUUCGAUCCUAUUCAAGAUUUCAACAUCGAGUUCAUUUUCCGUCAAAUGAUGACUGAAUUUGGAGUGAUUGAAAAUGAGAGAAUUGGAUCCAAAGCGUUUUUGAGAGUGAAUCCCCAUGCUGUCGAAAGAUGUCCCUUUGAAAACCCAAAGAGAAAGGAGCUGUACACAUCCGCCGAUCCGUCUGAAAUGAUUGGCAUAGAGGAGGAGAUUGAAUUAGCAGAGGCCAGCAGUACAAGUUCGAACAAUGGUUUGGAAGAAGUAAUCCAAAAGAAGAUUAUGCCUUGGGAGAUGAUGUUGGAAACAGAUAUGGACCUUACCAAGAACCUUGUACAGAAGAAUCGUCGUCGUAAUGAUCUUAUUGUUGUAGCCAGUCUUAUUGACAGAUUGCCUAAUUUGGCCGGUUUAUGUCGUACUUGUGAAAUCUUCAAUGCCUCUACUCUAGUGGUGCCAACUUUAAAGAUUAAGGACGACCUUGGAUUUACCACAAUUAGUGUUUCAUCAGAAAAGUGGAUGCCCAUGAUUGAGGUAGUCGAAAAUGAUGUGGCCAAAUAUUUGCAGGAAAAGAAGGAACAAGGCUAUACUUUAUGCGGUUUAGAGCAAACCACGACAAGUGCUACUUUGGGUGACUAUGAAUUCCCUGAAAAAUGUGUUUUGUUAUUGGGUAAAGAGCGUCAAGGUGUUCCUGCCGAUCUUUUGCAAAUGUUGGAUGUAACCAUUGAGAUUCCUCAGUAUGGUAUUACCCGUUCCUUGAAUGUCCAUGUCAGUGGUGCUAUUUGUAUUUAUGAAUACACAAAGCAAAUGCAUUGGAGACAACAGGCUGCUAUUACCCAAUAAGAUUGUAUAUAUUUUAUGUAUCCCCCUUUUUUUUCUUAGCUACUAU